AUAGAUCAGAACCGAUGAUCGGCGCGAUAUAUCGCUCAUGACUGCGGCGCGUUGACGCUCGACGCCACGCCCUGCGCGCGCAGAUCUGACUCACGACGACGCGCUUCAUCCUGCGCACAUUCAUCCCUCACAAGAACAGCGGACUCCAGCCAUGGCAGAAUCGGAGACGCGUCAGAGGCUGCUGCGCAACGUCAAGAAGGAGGUCAAGCAGAUCAUGGAGGAGGCCGUGACACGCAAGUUUGUGCAUGAAGACAGCAGUCGCAUAUUCUCUUUCUGCGGUGUGGUGGAAGCGUGUGUUCUUCAUGGGCUGAAGCGACGGGCCGCUGGAUUCCUGCGCAGCAACAAGCUGGCGGCUCUCUUCAUGAAGAUGGGGAAGAUGUUUCCACCGGCCGAGGAACUCUGCAGGAAAGUUCAGGAACUGGAGCAAAUCAUCGAGAACAAACAGAACCAGGGUCAGACGAGUCAAGAGAGCGUCCGGAAACCUUCCCGCUCUCUAAACCUGUCUCCGCUGGCCAUCAAACACCUGUGGAUCCGCACGGCCCUCACAGAGAAGCUCCUGGACAAAAUCCUCCUGUAUCUGGUGGAGAACAGCAGCAAGUUUUAUGAAAGAGAAGCUCUGCUGAGAGAUCCAGUCGACGGCCCAAUCCUCGCAUCUUUGCUUGUCGGCCCCUGUGCUCUGGAGUACACAAAAGCCAAGACGGCCAAUCAUUUCUGGACAGACCCCUCGGCUGAUGAACUGGUGCAGAGACACCGCAUCCACAGCGGACACUGCCGGCAGGAUUCCCCCACCAAACGCCCGGCGCUCGUGAGAUAACCUGUUCAACUGCUUGCACACUUUGCUUAACCCUUAGGUCCAUAGUGGACACAAAUGUCAAUGUCAAAAAAAAAAUACAACUGUCACUGAGCACAGAGUUAGGUUGGGUCUCAUUUUAAAGAAAACCCAUGGUGGA